AUAUUCAAAUGUCGUAAAGUUACUAGAACCAGCUUUAGAAAAGGCCGGCAUAAAAUUGCCAACAGAAGAAGAAUUUCACGCUAUUUCCAAUGCUAGACUACAUAACCACAAGACUUCCUUUAGCACACUAUUGUGCUUGCAUUAUGAUUGCUUGCCUCAUGAUACUAGAACAGGAAUUGCAAACUUUUUCAAAGUUUAUAUUAUUGCAACUUUUGUGGUUAUUACAAUGCAGAUACCAGCACGUCUUAGGAAGGAAAAAAAGCAA